AUGGAGGGGACAGUUGUGGGCGUCGUUUCGCUAGGCCUUCAGGUUUGCAAAGGACUUGUCGACUACUACGACUCCUGGAAAUCAUACUCGGGGGAUAUCGCAGCAACACACGGCUAUCUUGAAGGCCUUCAAAAAGCCCUUGGUCUACUCAAAGAGUCACUCAAAAGUCAUCCUCCUCCGGCAAAUCUCGAGGCCGCUGCGAAUGAAAGCAUUGCCGCCUGCAAAGAAGGAGUGGGCAGGCUUGAAAAUAAGCUUCGGAAAGUGGAGCAAACCUCAAAGUCGAGGGGGCUGAAGGGAAAGAUGCAAGCGCAAACACUGAGGGCCUUUUAUCCCUUCAAAGAAAGCACACUUGCGAAGCUGAAAGAGGUCGUGCAGGAUCUUCAGUCAAAUCUCGGCCAGGUCAUGAGUGCAGUUCAUAUGGAUAUGGACGCUACAACGCUUAAGACCUUGAAAGCUAUUGGCGUACGAAUCGAUAGCAUUGCAGAUGAUACGGCUGAGAUUCGCAGGGGAACAGCUGGGAUCCGCACAGAUACGAAUGACAUUCGCACGAAAAUGGCAGGGACUUCCACGGAUAUUGCUGGCAUUCGCACAGAUACGGCUCGACUCCGUAUGGAUACGGCCGGCCUUCUCAUGGGCACGUCUCAUAUUCAACAAACGAUUCAAAGCUCGCAAACAGAAGAGAACAAGCAGAAGAUUCUUGAAUGGCUCACGAGAGCUGAUCCAUCGUCAAACCACAACGAAGCUCGCAAAAAGCACGAGCCCAAGACCGGCGACUGGCUCCUUCAAAGCCAAGUCUACAGGAACUGGAAGGCAUCACCAAACUCACUCCUAUGGCUCUACGGAAAGGCGGGAUGUGGCAAGACCAUCCUAUGCUCCUCGGCUAUCGAAGACGUCAAACAUUUCUCUGCCAACCAGUCUAUCGUAGCCUACUUCUACUUCUCCUUUCGCGAUGUACAGAAGCAGACUUUCAAGAACUUCGUUCUAUCAAUCAUCGCGCAGAUCUGUCACGACCGGCCAAUCUCUCAGAGCGUGAAGGCCCUGUACGAACACUUCCAGAACGCAGAGCCGCCGACUGAUCGGAUCGAGGAAACGCUCCGCUCGGUCAUUCAGGAAGCCGGAGAUCUGUACAUUAUAAUGGAUGCUCUGGAUGAAUGCAUCCAAGAGCCCGGGCGCCGAGAAAUAGAGGAGGUCCUAAGAUGGCUUGAGGAGCUUUCUGGCUCAAUGGAUUGCAGAGCCCGAGUGCUGAUCACGAGUCGGAAGGAACGAGAGAUCGAGGAGGUACUGUUAUCUACGCUUCAAGCGCCGGCAAUAUGCGUCGAGAGCGCUCAGAUUGAAGAAGAUAUUCGGCGAUAUGUCACGAGCGAACUGGACCGUGAUCGGAGGUUCAGGAGGCUCAAUGAAUCACCGAAAGAAGAGAUUAAGAUUACGCUCGCAGAUAAAGCUGAUGGGAUGUUUCGUUGGGUGUACUGCCAGAUCGAAGAACUCAAGAGAUUGAAGUCAAUGCGACCCAAGGACGUUCGCUCAGUCUUGGAAUCACUACCCAGAACCCUGGACGAGACGUACGAACGGAUUCUUACAAGUAUUCAUAGUCGAUACCAGCAUGAAGCAUUCAGAGCUCUGCGUCACCUGGUGUUCUCUGAACGUCUUCUGACCCUUGAAGAGCUUGCCGAAGCAUCUAUCGUGGAUCCGGACGCCGAGCCUCAAGUCGACGAGAUGGACAGAUUCGAAGAUAAUGAGAUGAUCGAUAUUCUUUCCAGCUUGGUAGCAGUAGUCUCCCCAUCAAAAUACAGUAUCUAUCCUCCCGGUACAAAAAUGGUACAGUUGGCGCAUUUCUCCGUCCAGGAAUACCUCCUCUCCCAGCGAAUCCAAGAUAGUCCCGCCUGCAGCUACGCUGUCAACGCAGAGCUAGCACACUCGUUCAUUGUGAAGAGUUGCCUCGCCUACGUAUCCUUUUACAGCCUCCACCCGCGAAAGGCCUCUUCCAAAGCUGAUCUGAAGAAUUUUACAUUUCUUAAAUACGCCUGUGAAACCUGGGUAGAUUACGUCAAAAAGUGCGCCAGCCAAGACCAACUAGCUAUCAUCACCCUUGCGGCCAGCACGAUGUCUUCACAAACUGUCUUCUUGGACUGGGUCAGGAUACACCGCCCAGACGUGCCUUGGAGAGCUACUUUUGAACCGGCGGUGAGUACUGGUUCGCCACUUUACUAUGCGGCUUACUGCGGCUUGUAUGAGGUUGCCGCACUGCUGCUUAGCAAGGGCGCGGACGUGAACGCGCAAACCGGGCUCGACGGUAGCGCGCUACAGGUGGCGUUAGCUAGGGGCUAUAAGGAGAUAGCCGAGCUGCUGCUUAGCAAGGGCGCGGACGUAAACGCGCAAGGCGCGCUCGACGGUACCGCGCUACAGGUGGCGUCAGCUAGGGGCUAUAAGGAGAUAGUCGAGCUGCUGCUUAGCAAGGGCGCGGACGUAACCGCGCAAGGCGGGCGCUACGGUAGCGCGCUACAGGCAGCGUCAUUGAGUGGCUAUAAGGAGACAGUCGAGCUACUGCUUAGCAAGGGCGCGGACGUAAACAUGCAAGGCGGGCCCGACGGUAGCGCGCUACAGGCAGCGUCAUUUAGUAACUAUCAGGAGAUAGUCGAGUUGCUGCUUAGCAAGGGCGCCUACUACAGGUGA